AUGUCGAUGGAGCAUGGCAUUGCGCAGCUUCCUCCAAUCGGUCCACAACUUCCACCUCAUCUCCAGAAGCGCAAGCGCAGUCCUGAGGACGAUGAUGCGGAGCGAAGCUCGCGUGCGCCCAAGGCCUCCCGUCCAGACAACCUUGAUGAGAUUCCCUUAGACGAUGACUCGGACGGCGAGUAUGGUCCAAGCGCUCCAACUCCCGCCAGCAAUGACGGUAGCGCAAAGAAUCUCUCUCGACCAGGUCCAGUGAUCGGCCCCUCUCCAGCACCAGCAGUCGCAAACUGCAGCGCGCCUCCGCGAGCUGAGCAGAGGCGCUCAAUUGGUCCUUCGCUUCCCCCAACAGCGGCGCCAGCCAACGGAGACGAGAUCCUCCUCGACGGCUCUGAUGACGACACAGUCGGCGCCGCGCCUCCUCCCAAACGCGUCUUCGGUCCAGCACCGCCGCCGGCACCCCUUUCCGAACGGCCGCCCACCGACCCAGAUUCUUCAGACGACGACGACGACGACGACUGGGGCCCCGCGCUACCCGGAACCGUCCCGAGCACCCGUUCAACAACAACAGCAGGCUCCGCCUCCGGUCCAACGCUGCCCUCCGCUACGCAAGCCGAACCGGCCGCGCCCAGGCGUGACGACUGGAUGCUCGCCCCACCAACCAGCAACAGUGCUCGCGCGCCCGACCCGACCAAGAUCAGAGCGCGCAAGUUUGCGAGCGGCCCGCGCGCGGUGACAGAGGCCAAACCGGCGAGAAUAAGCUCCAUCUGGACCGAGACGCCCGAGGAAAAGGCCCGCCGGCUGGCCAACGCCGUGCUUGGCCGCGAAGACCCCAACAAUCCCGGCGGCGUCCCCUCACAGUCUACCGGUGUGACACGGCCCGAUACAACAUCCGGCAGGAGCAGAGUAGACGAAACGAAGGUUAGGUCAUUCGUCGAGCAGACGAGGGGGAGGAGUUUGGUGGAAGAACAUCAAGCUGCGAGGGCGGCGGGGAAGGCUGCUGUGGCAAGCAAGGGGGACAAUGCUAAGUGGGGCCCGAAGGGCGGUGUCGACGACGAGGAGGAUGAUCCUAGCAAGAGGGCCUUCGACUGGGAGAAGGAUAUGAAAGUGGGAGGGCGGAUCAGUCACUCGCAGCGGAAGGAGCUGCUGAAUCGGGCGGCGAAUCUUGGAGGAAGGUUUCAGAGUGGCAAGUACUUAUGA